UUAACAUCAGCAAAAAUUAAACUUCUCAAUUGUAAACAACAAAUCAGUUGAGUUGGAAGCAGGUCGUCCCUAUUUAAGGACAGGGCACUUUUCCUCCACCUUAUAUUUACAUUUUAGGUGUAUAUAAAGGAAAUAGUAGCCUGUUGUGACUAGAACCAAGUGACAGGAUAGAGUUCUGGCUAGUUUAUCACCAGCAUGAUGUUGCUGGGAUGUGGGUCCCCAGCUCAACGGAUCCUGACACAAGUGAAGCAUGGAUUGUCUCUUGUCAGAUCAUCAGAAAUGUGUGUUCGUCUUCCUCUGAGACAAGGAAGAGCUGGGAACUUUAGGAACUUUGCAGUGAGUGAGGCAACACAGACAGUAAGGGGCAGAGGAGUGCCAGGUGAAGGUAUCUCUCUCUUGCUCAGAGUGUCCAUUGGAACAGGAUGCUUUCUCACUGUAAAGGCUUUGACUACUCCAGUCUUCAGUGAGUGUAAGGCCCACAAACCAGCCAAGGAAAUAUAUGACCGAAGGCUUGGAGCUGAGGACAGUAAGGACACAAAAGACCCUCCUUUUGACUGGCUUGCUUUCUGGUACUUACUAAAGCCACAACUGCAUCACUUCUUGGCUGCUGUAGUAAGUGCUCUAGUUGUCUCUCUGGCCAACAUUCAAGUACCAAUCUUGCUGGGAGAGGUGGUAAAUGUGGUGGCCAGGUUUACCAGCGAGGCAGCAAGGGAGGGAAGGAGUUUCCCCCAGGAAAUUGCUGCCCCUGUGCUCAAACUAGUAAAGUAUUAUUUCAUUCAGGCUGCCUUCACCCUCUCCUACAUUUCCUUCCUGACACGCAUGGGAGAGCGGAUUGCAGAUGACCUUCGGAAGCAGCUGUUUGCCACACUCCUCAAGCAGGACAUGGCCUUUUAUGACCAACACAAAACUGGUGAACUAGUCAACAGACUGACUGCAGAUGUACAGGACUUCAAGAGUUCCUUUAAACUUUGCAUAUCACAAGGAAUGCGCAGUGUUACUCAGAUUAUUGGGUGUGGAAUCUCCUUGUACAUGAUCUCACCCCAGCUGGCUGGUCUGACUGGAGUGUUUGUACCUGUAGUUAUUGGAGUUGGCACUGCACUUGGCUCUCUACUUCGCUCUCUGUCACGGGAAGCUCAGCAUCAGGUUGCUCGUGCCACUGCAGUAGCUGAUGAAUGCCUGGCUAACAUGCGGACCGUCCGAGCUUUUGCCAUGGAAGACAGCGAGAAAAACUUGUUCACCCAAGAAUUAGAUAAAUCAAGACAGCUAAAUGAAGCUCUUGGCAUGGGCAUUGGUAUCUUUCAGGCAGGUUCAAAUUUGUUCCUGAAUGGUAUAGUCUUGGGAUGUCUGUGGUGUGGAGGUCAGCUCAUGGCUACUAGUCAGCUACAGCCAGGUGACCUCAUGUCCUUCUUGGUUGCUGCUCAAACAAUACAGAAGUCCCUGGCCCAGCUGGGCAUCAUGUUUGGCACAUAUGUGAGGGGUAUCAGUGCAGGAGCAAGGGUCUUUGAGUAUAUCAAGCUUCAGCCAACAAUACCAAUGAAAGGUGGGAAGAUAAUUCCAUAUCACACAUUGAUGGGCAACAUUGAAUUCAGAAAUGUGUCAUUUGCAUAUCCUACCAGAUCUAAUCAGGAAGUGCUUCAUGACUUCAGCCUGAGCAUUCCGGCAGGCAGCAUUGUGGCCCUGGUGGGGGUGUCAGGUGGAGGCAAGUCCACAGUUGCUCAGCUGCUGGAGAGGUUCUAUGAUGUGAGCAGUGGGUCUAUAACCAUUGAUGGGGAGGACCUACGCAGCCUUGAUCCCUCUUGGUUGCGUGGCCGUGUCAUUGGUUUCAUCAACCAGGAACCAGUGCUCUUUGCUACCUCAAUCAUGGAGAAUAUUCGCUACGGCUUUCCAGGUGCAACAGAUGCUGAGGUAAUUGAAGCUGCUAAGAAAGCCAAUGCCCAUAACUUCAUCAAGGCUUUUCCCAGUGGCUACAACACAGUGGUAGGAGAGCGAGGGGUGACUGUGUCUGGUGGCCAAAAACAGCGCAUUGCCAUUGCACGGGCACUCCUGAAGAACCCCAGGAUUUUGGUGCUGGAUGAGGCUACCAGUGCCCUGGAUGCUGAGUCCGAGGCAGUAGUGCAGGCUGCCCUGGAAAGCUGCCUUGAGGGCCGAACGGUGCUUGUCAUUGCCCACCGCCUGUCCACCAUCCAGAAAGCUGAUGUAAUUGCAGUUAUGUCCAAUGGAAAGUUAGCUGAGACUGGGAAGCAUGAGACACUGAAGAAGGCUGGAGGAAUCUAUGCUGAGCUGAUCCGCCAGCAGCAGAGGGAAGAGAGAGCCAGCAAAACUUGGGGUUUUUGAUUGAAGUGAUCUUUUAGGAAGGUUGGUGUAAAUAUUUUCACAAUCCUCAGGAUGUAUUUAACUUAUUUAAAAAAAAUGUGUAUAUUGUAUUUGAUUUUAUGAAUAAAUUAUUUAUUUGC